AAAUCAGCUUACAAAAACGAAGGAGAACAUGACACAAGCAACAGCUUAAACCAAAUCAAAUUACUGAAAUCAAAUCAUUGCACUAAUCCCUUGUAAAAAGAAAGCAGAAUAUUACACAGGAAUAGCUUAAACCGUCUAAAUUCUACAGUGUGAUUGAUUUCCAAAUUUACAUGGCGAUCAAUUGAUCAGCUUGUCUCAAUAUAUAUACAAGAAAAGAACUCCAGUGCUUGCUGGUAGCUCCAAAUUAGUGAAUGGUAUACCCAAAAAAAAAAAAAAAAAAUCCUGCUUCCAGAUCUGCUGUGAGCCUGGAGGUUGUUCCUUCCAGGAUAAAAUUUCUUGGGGAAUUUCAGCGAGGCAUUGAUGAAAAAUUCAAUUCCCCAUGGCCAAUUGCCUACUCAGCACCCAUGAAGGUCUUAGGUGCAAUUCGUCAUUGGGGAAAAAAAAAAAAAGAAGCAGUACUCGGUACUUCCUUUCCUCUUUCCUCCACAUUAUCUGAAAACAUGGUGCUUCUUAGAACCAUGGUUGGUAGAGCUAGGAAUAGUAAUGAUGUGCACUGUGACGUGAACGUGGAGGAGACAAACUAGGAAGAGACUCAAGGGUAGAACGAGGAGAAUGACGAGAUGCUAUUCUUAAGUUGGAAGCUUCAUGAUGAGAUUGUUGGAUGGUCUUGCUGGAGAAAAAGAAUAAUACGUGAAGCUGGAGCCGGCAAAUCAUGCAAAAGUAAAGAUUUACCAACUUGAGAAUGGAAUGAAUUCAAUGGUUUGGGUAAACAGAAAAGAUACUUUAGAGACGGUGCAAAGACUAGCCUUUUACCUUUCAGAUGUCACUGCUUCUGUACUUCGUGAGUUUGGAAGCACGGGUAACUGAUUGUGUUUAAUUUCAGGAUGCUCUCUUGGACUAAAAGGCGGAUCCUGCAUAAAUUAAAGAAACUAUGAUAUAAACCAUUUAAAAUUACGAAUCCCAAAUAGACAUGUAUUUCUUGUGUACCACUGAUUUCAUUCCAUUAAACAAAGGGGCGGCAGGUUGGAUGCCUAAAUUCUGUGAAUUUUUGAGAAAUCGAUGUUCUAGUAAUGUACUAGCUGAUGGUCUGUCUGCAGGAUUUCUUUGGAAGCAGCAUCUCAAGAAAUCCUUGCCCUCGGGUGAUAGUGUUUCUGGUAUGGUAGGGCUAUCCCUCAUCACUUUAAACAUUGCUGCAGCCUGCAUUUUUAAAGGGAAACUAAACAGAUUUAUUUACCAAAGGGAGAUUUGUAAUUGCCAGGAUAAUAGACCACCAGUGUCAAU